GUUCCCUGGCAGUCGGGAGAACAAUGGAAUGUGCAGCAGCAGUAUCUGGUGUGGCGCUUAUGGCCACCCUAUCGAUGUUGCUGCCGCACUUAGCAGCGGUGCAUCUCAGUCUGCUGGCACUGCUGCUGUUCUGCUCACUCUGUCUUGUGGCUGGUCUCAUCUUGGAGCUUCUUGGGCAGCAUCCGCUGGCCUCCGAACGCUGGGAGCACUACCUGGACGAGCUGCAGCUGCUGGCCCAUCACGCGCUGCCGGAGCACGUGCCGGCGCCGACGGUGGCAGUGCCGCCCGCGGUGCCGCCCGAGCCAGCCGGCGACGCCUUCCAGGCCGAGCUUAUCGGCCUCGUGGGCGAUGUCGAGCGUCAGUACAUCCUCAGCUGGUACUCCGAUAUCAGCCGUGAGAUGUCGUUCCCGCGUCGGGGCAAGGCGCUGCUGGAUGAGGCGGUGUACGAGCUGGCCGGACGCGCCUCCUCGCUAAACGCGCGCCGUCUACUGAUCCGCGUGACGCGGCUGUUCCACCUACACUACGAGCGCCACAGGCGGGCGGCGGCCCGCGCCGGCCGCCGGCCCCUGCAGGCUGUGUAUCGGUACCGGCACCCGGUGAGCCGCGGCCGACUCGCUGAGCCGGCCUACCUGACCGCCAUGGCCGGCCGCCUUCUGCGUGAGCUGGUGCCUGCGCGGAUUCGCCUCCUCGGCUCACCUGAGCUCUUCCUGGACCGUAUUCUGGCCAGCGCCGUGCUGCGCAACCUGCUGGACCGCGUGAGCGAGCCGGCCACCUUGCAGCGCUGGCUGCUGGAGGCGUUAGCCGAGCCGCGCCCUUCGCCCGAGCCGGCAGUCGUGCCGCCGCCGUCUGUGGCCGCCUGUGGCCCGUUCGCCAAGCUGUGGCGGCCGGCGGAGCGAGUUGCCGACUCGGCGGCAGGCCUCAGCAGUUUCCCGUUCGGCGGCGACAGUGUAGUGCUGGGCAUCACGGAGGAGGAGUACCGACGGCAGGUGGAUGCGGAGGCGGAACGCCACUGGCGGGCCAAGGAACGCGCCCGCCGCCGCCGGCGCCGGAUGCAGCACCGGCGCAGCAACAGCCUGGACGACGCGAGCACGCCGGAGCGAGAGACGGAGCUGGCGGCGCAGCGCGGGCCGGGCGCCACGGAGGAGAGACCCGAGGGCCGCGCUGGCGGCGGCAUUGCCCGCAGCGCCAGCAGUGGCAGUAUUCCGACCCGGGCUCGCGCCAAGUUCCAGAGCAUGCUGCAGUCCGCCGCGCAGGGAAUCGCCAAGAAGGCGCCCCCGCUGACGUCAAGCCGCUUUUACGAGGAGUCGGACGACUUCGCCGGCACGAUCGCCAAGCUGCGGGCCGUGCUGGAGGAGCGCCGCCAGCUGAGCGGCAGCCUGAGCAGCGGCACUGACACGCCCAGCUACAGCAGCUGCCCGCCGCGGCUGUUUCACCGCGACAGCAGCUCGGCCAGCUCCAACUGCUCACCGGGGCCGCGCUCGCUCGAGGGGCUGGUGCACCGCGACUCUGCCGCCUCCAUCUACAGCGCAAAGUCCGAGCGGGAGCUGGACCUGGCGGCAUUCCCAGAGGAGAUUUUUGAGGCGGCCGAGCUGCCGAUGGACGGCCGCAUCUUUAUGAACGUGGUUAUCAGCGGCACGGAGACGCAGCGCGAACGGGCCGGCGGCGAAUACACCCUGUACACGGUCCAGUACGAUGGCCUGUAUCUGGCGGCCGCCGAGGGGGACGACCCCGAACAGUCCGAGACGUCCAUGGUGCUCAAGACGAACGUGGUGCGGCGUCGGUUCCGCGAGUUCCUCAACCUGCACGCCCGCCUGGAGGCCAGCCCCGCGUAUCGGCACCUGCUCCGAGGCAUCAAGGAGCCUAGCCGGUGGCAAACAUUGCCAUUCAGCCGGCUGGACAGCGCCGCGAUCGUGUCCCGGCGCACCUUCCUGGAGCGGUACCUCUGCCAGCUGUGCGCCAGACCCGAGAUAUCCACCAGCGACGAGCUCAAGGAGUUCAUGGCCUACGAGACGGACGGCAGCAUCGCCUUCAUUCGCAAGCCGGCCAUCAACGUGCCGCGGAUAGACCAGAUGUUCACCAAGACAAUGUCGGGCGUGCUGAAGACGAUCCGCACGGCACUGCCCAGCUUCGACAGCGGCGAGUCGCAACGAAAACACUCUGAGGAGCGCCGACCCGUCAGCAUCGGCUACAAGUACAACGUCCACGUGAUGUGCGGCACCGACGAGCAGAUGUCACCGGUGGAGAUGCAUCUGAAGGAGCUGAUCGUGGAGUGGGACAAGCUGUCGGCGGUGCCACUGCAGCGCACGGGCACGUCGACCGUCGGUCGCUCAGGCACCGACGACAGCGACUCGGACGCCUCCUUUGAGGACGAGACGCAGCAGUACGAGCGUCACCUGCCGCUGUCGGCGGCGCUGAUAGACCUGGUCGUGGAAGUGCUGCGACCGGCUGGCCAUUGUGCCGCCAGCGGAACGGCCGUGCGCGCCGCCAAGGUGCUGGUGGGACGGCUGGCAGAGCACUCGCUCCAGCGCUCGCUGGACCAGCUGUUCCGGCCGGCCGCGUGCGUCAACUACCUUCGGAUGCUGCGCGAGACGCUGUUCUCGUCGGAGCCGGAGCCGGAGGCGACGCCGCGCCCCGACGAGCUUCGUUCGGCCACCAUCGCUGCCAUCGUGGACCUCAGUGGUGUGGUCGGUGUGGUGCUGGGCCGCUCGACCCUAGAGCAGGUGGUCGCCAGUCUGCUGGACUCUCUCCAGUCGCCGCGCAUCAACCGAGAUCUGGCUCUGCAGCUGCUUGACGUCCUGCUGAUGGACCUGGUGCCCGACCUGGCCACGGCCACUGGGCCUGUCAGUGAUCGGUGAAUGUAUUGUCGCUCGGGAGAUGGCGCUGCCAGCAUCGACUGAAGCCGCUGCAGGGGUGACGUGAGCCUCGUCUAUGAUUCUCUGGUUUCUGGGGACCGGCGUCCACCCGCUUCCCCCGUCUCUCACUCCCUUCUGCCUACUGCCGACUUCGCUGCCCACGGGCGGACUGCGGUCCAGCCCCAGCCGGGUGGUUCCACUGUUGUCGGCUGGCGCGGCGUGAUUGCCCGCUGCUUUUGACUCAGUGCAUCCCCUCUCUGAUCGUUGUGUCAAUUCAUUCCACGCUGGACACCACAUCGAUGCGGAACGACGUCGAUGUGACGAGCUUGUCGAGCUCCGCGGCGCGAUGCGAUGUACUGUUGUGCGGUCUACCCUUUCCAUUUGUUACAAUGUGCGAGUUUUGUGUAGUGGCAUCUUGCGUGCAAGCGCUUGGAGCAUAUUUGCGAAUAUUUUGGGUAUAACCGAAACGCGUCCGUACACAUUCGCGGUCUAGCUGGUACAGCUAGCUACUAGGGAGUACUGGGGCCGCGAAAUGUGCGCGCAGGAUGCCGUUGUGUGGAUCUGUGCGAGCGGAGCUUAUGCCGACAGCGUAUGCCACGGGCAUCCAACCUCUCCGAAUCUCAGCAGAUCUGACAGUCGGCGCGUGUUGCAGUUGGUCAUAUGGCCGCGGCAAUGUGGACGGCGUCAGCACAGGACGCGCCAGGGGUCGGGGAUGGGGCGAGGGUCUGCGCGGGACGUGCCAGGGGUCCGGGAUAGGACUGGCGUCAGCAUAGGACGCGCCAGGGGUCGGGGAUAGGGCGAGGGUCUGCGCAGGACGUGCCAGGGGUACGGGAUAGGACUGACGUCAGCAUAGGACGCGCCAGGGGCCGGGGAAAGGGCGAGGGUCUGCACGGGACGCCCCAGGGGUACGGGGAUAGGGCGAGGGUCUGCACGGGACGCGUCGGGAGUUCGGGGAUAGGGCGAAGGUCUUAACGGGACGCGCCAGGGGCACGGGGAUAGGGUUGGCGUCUGCGCAUGACGCGCCAGGGGUACGGGGAUGGGGUUGGCGUCUGCACAUGACGCGCCAGGGGUACGGGGGUAGGGAUGGCGCGGCCUUGAUCAUUCGCCAGUACGCCCGGAAGUGGGACCGGAACCUAUCCAUGCGGGCUGGCUCCAUAUCUGGGACGCUAUUGCGGAUUGUCCACCGAUUUUUUGCAUUAGUGGCAGGCGCAAUGAUUAUAUAUCUGGAUAUUUCUGACUGACAUAUAUGGGGAGAUUGGACGGCUAUUCGAAACAUGGUACCACAACGUUAUCAUUGAAAUGUUCAACGUCAGGAGACUAGGGAGCACGCAAGCUAUUGUUAGUGACUGAGGGGUGGAGAGGUGGCUGAGAGGCUGAGAGGCUGAGGGGCUGAGAGGCUGGAGGGGUGGCUUAGAGA